AAUACUAUAUAGUCUCUGGCAGAAAUGGAUGGAAAAUCGUUCUUGCCGCCUCCCUCUUGGAGAGUUAAAACAAACCUUGGUCCCUACCCAAAUACGGCAGGUGGGUCAACAUCCUUGUAACACCACCUAGAGCAGAGGCCAUCUGUCUCACAGGGCUGCGAGGACGGAGGGAGAGAGUACAGGUAAAGCACCUCGAUUGUGGCUGGCAUAAAAUAGAUGCUCAGUAAACCUAGCUAUGAUUUUUUUUUUUUCAAAUCAACAUUCUUGCAUACGCUUUCCACUCACCCUCUCCUCCCUUUUCUUGUCUGCACAAUAAGCAGACAUUCUGCAUGGCUUCCCAAGGAGGAUGGGAGCAAAUGAAUUCUAGGCUGCACUUCCCUGGAUUACCAUACCUCUGAGAUGCCAUCACCUUCUGGUUCUUCCUUCCCCCAGGCUGCCUAAGUUCCUAGGACUCCGGUGGAAAACUUCUGACGGGAAAGGCAAUGGGAGCCUUUCCACCACUUUCUCUACUAUCAUGUUGCAAUCCUAGGAGACUUGCAGCCUCGUCCUCCCAGGUUUGCAAAGAGGGGUACAGGGUUCUUUGGGGAUUUACACUGGAGUACAAUUUAAAUUGGACGCUCUCAAGACAUCUCGAAAAUGGUUCCUAUACUUUUUAUUUCUCAGUGGAGAUUGGAGAAGCUGGUAAAUGGGUCUUUGUGUACACAGAAGGACAAAAUAUAAUUUGAUGUUUUCAUUAAAUACUGGAUAGAGUGGAGGCACAGCUCUGUGCGGUGUGGUGGGGCCGGGUGUGUUUUCUUUUGGAUGAAAGGCACUGCGCAGGUCGACUCGGUAAACCGACGGAGAAAAGCUGAUUGCGGGGGAGGAGGGAGUGUGGUGUGAGGGCACUGCUGCUCGUUUAGGGGGGCCGUGAAUGUGAACGUGCGAAGGGGAGAGGCGUGCCCAAAGAGCGCGGGAAAGAUUACUCUUGUGGCAACUGUGCGUCUAUUUCCACAGCUCCCUGGCUGGCGGCAGCCCCUGGCUGGGCAAGGGGUGUGAUGUGGGAGUGGGGUGGGAGGGGGCAGCAGGCGGGGCCUGCCACGUCACUUGGCUAGUGAGUGUUGGGAAGGAAGGGCAGAGCGGAGAGCCGAGCCACUGCAGCUGCAGCGGCUGCAGCGAAGGCUUGAGCGUUGGGGAGGUGGGUCCCCGCGCCCCGGCGCCAAGACAGCCCCAGAGCCCUCUACGAGGCUUUCAGCAAGGCCCAUAGGGAGGAGGUGACGGCUGUGGCGCGGGAACAGCGACCUUGGCUAGAUUGAACCGCGGUGGACGUAGGGCGGAGGCCGGAGCCCCGCCAGGAGUCUUUGCGGAGCCGGAGGGAGGCGCAUCUGGGGCUUGGGUACCCGCGGCUGCCGGGGGGCUUCAGCUGUGGGAGAAGCGCAGUGGGAGCUGGGGAGUGCUCACCGGUCUGGAGGGCGGACCCCUGCGUCCCGGAGCCCAAUCCCAGGCACGGUGGGACGAAGCCACGCGUCUUUUCAGGCAUCCAGUUUCACACGCGCCAGUUUGCGGUUCCAGGUAUCCCAGUAAGCGCUAGCACCCAGGCGCGGACAACUGGAAGCGCGGAGCCAAGUCCUCAGCGCCCAGGGCACCUCCCCUGACAGCCUUACAGGGACCAGGGCUUCGGGGCUCACGGACCCAACCACAGGUCAGACACCUAGCUCCGAGGAGCGCGAGCCCCACCCUAGAAAUAGGGCGCAGCCUGGCGCGGGGAAGCGCUGCCGCGCUCCAGAGCUUGUGUCGGGGGGCGCUGUCCUAGUGACCGGGAGCGCACAGCGGAGGGGACAUGAGAUCGGAGAAAUCCCUUACGUUGGCGGCGCCGGGGGAGGUCCGUGGGCCGGAGGGGGAGCAACAGGAUGGGGGAGACUUCCCGGAGGCCGGGGCAGGCGGGGGCUGCUGUAGUAGCGAGCGGCUGGUGAUCAACAUCUCCGGGCUGCGCUUUGAGACACAGUUGCGCACCCUGUCGCUGUUUCCGGACACGCUGCUGGGAGACCCCGGCCGCCGCGUCCGCUUCUUCGACCCCCUGAGGAACGAGUACUUCUUCGACCGCAACCGGCCCAGCUUCGACGCCAUCCUCUACUACUACCAGUCGGGGGGCCGGCUGCGGAGGCCCGUCAACGUGCCCUUGGACAUCUUCCUGGAAGAGAUCCGCUUCUACCAAUUGGGGGACGAGGCCCUGGCGGCCUUCAGGGAGGACGAGGGCUGCCUACCCGAAGGUGGUGAGGAUGAGAAGCCACUGCCCUCCCAGCCCUUCCAGCGCCAGGUGUGGCUUCUCUUCGAGUACCCGGAGAGCUCUGGUCCUGCCAGGGGCAUCGCCAUCGUCUCCGUGUUGGUCAUUCUCAUCUCCAUCGUCAUCUUUUGCCUGGAGACCUUGCCCCAGUUCCGUGCAGAUGGUCGAGGUGGAAGCAAUGGCGGUGGUGUGAGCAGAGUCUCUCCAAUUUCCAGGGGGAGUCAGGAGGAAGAGGAGGACGAAGACGAUCCGUAUACAUUUCAUCCUGGCAUUACCUCUGGGGGAGUAGGGGCAGGAGGCUCAGGCUCGCUAAGUACUCUCGGGGGCUCCUUCUUUACGGACCCCUUCUUUCUGGUGGAGACCCUGUGCAUUGUUUGGUUCACUUUUGAGCUCCUGGUGCGCUUCUCCGCCUGCCCCAGCAAACCAGCCUUCUUCCGCAACAUCAUGAACAUCAUUGACUUGGUGGCCAUCUUCCCCUACUUUAUCACCCUGGGCACGGAGCUGGUGCAGCAGCAGGAGCAGCAGUCGGCUAGCGGAGGGGGUGGCCAGAAUGGGCAGCAGGCCAUGUCCCUGGCCAUCCUCCGCGUGAUCCGCCUGGUCCGGGUGUUCCGCAUCUUCAAGCUCUCCCGCCACUCCAAGGGGCUGCAGAUCCUGGGCAAGACGCUGCAGGCCUCCAUGCGGGAGCUGGGCCUGCUCAUCUUCUUCCUCUUCAUCGGGGUCAUCCUCUUCUCCAGCGCUGUCUACUUCGCAGAGGCCGAUGACGACGACUCUCUCUUCCCCAGCAUCCCGGACGCAUUUUGGUGGGCAGUGGUUACAAUGACCACAGUAGGUUACGGGGACAUGUACCCCAUGACAGUGGGGGGCAAGAUCGUGGGCUCACUGUGUGCCAUCGCUGGGGUCCUCACCAUUGCCCUGCCCGUGCCCGUCAUUGUCUCCAACUUCAACUACUUCUACCACCGGGAGACAGAGCAGGAGGAGCAAGGCCAGUACACCCAUGUCACUUGUGGGCAGCCUGCACCGGACCUGAAGGCAGCUGACAAUGGACUUGGCAAGCCUGAAUUGUCUGAGACCACCCGGGAACGUAGGCCCAGCUACCUUCCCACUCCACAUCGGAUGUAUGCAGAGAAAAGAAUGCUCACUGAGGUUUGACUGAAGCAGGAAGGGCCUGCUCGAGAAGGGUGACACUGAGCAAAUAAUCUCCUAGGCUUCUUCUCGU